CCAGCCUGUGCUGGUGAAACCCGAGCCCAGUAAACAUUUCCAGUCUGCCCUUGUAAUGGCUGCGUGGCUCUCACAGAGAGGGCUGCUGUGGAACGGCAGCCGGUUAUGCUUCGUUUCCAGGGGGGUGGGAAGAACCACCUCGGCCCCGGAGGCCCUCCACGCCGUCCAGGACAAGCCUCGGACUAUGGAGGAGCUCCCACGGGUCAGCUUCCUGGAGCUUCUCUACAGGGUCGUGUUCCAGGGUUUCUACAACCGCCUGCAUGAGCUACAGAUCUAUGAGAAGCAGCUGUACGGGCCCAUAUACAAAAGUGGAUUCAAGUCUGUGUCCAUCAACACCCCUGAGCUGCUGGAGGAGCUCCUGAGGAAGGAUGAGAAGUUUCCCUCCAGAGGAGACAUGUCCCUGUGGACAGAGUACAGGGACAUGAGAGGUCUGGGCUAUGGGCCCUUCACAGAGGAAGGGGAGCAGUGGUACAACCUGAGGGCUGUGUUGAACAAACGCAUGCUUCAUCCAAAGGACUCUGCUCAGUACGCUGGGGUCAUCAAUGAGGUGAUUACAGACUUCACCAGGAAGAUCAACUACGUGCGUCAUAGCAGCCCGACAGGAGAUUUCGUUCCGAACAUCAGCAAUGAGCUGUACCUGUUUUCAUUAGAGGGUAUUGCCUCCAUAUUAUUUGAGACGAAGCUUGGAUGUCUGGAAAAGGAAAUCCCUGCCGGUACUCAGGAAUUCAUCCACUCCAUCACGCAGAUGUUCUCCUAUACCAUGAUUGUGGCAAUGCUUCCGAAGUGGAGCCGCAGUCUGCUUCCUUACUGGGGACGCUACAUUGCUGGCUGGGAGGGGAUUUUCAGUUUUGCUAAAACGUUGAUUGACAAGAAGAUGGAGGACAUUCAACAGCGAGUGGACAAAAACCAGGAUGUGCAAGGUGAAUACCUGACAUACCUCCUCUCAAAUACCCAGAUGAGCACCAAGGACGUGUACGGUAGCAUCACUGAGCUUCUCUUGGCUGGAGUGGACACGACCUCCAACACGCUCACAUGGGCUUUGUACCAGCUGUCCAGGAACCCUCAAAUCCAGGACAGACUUUAUGAAGAAGUGUCCUCAAUGGUACCAGAAAACCAGAUCCCCUCUGCUGCAGAGGUCACCCAAAUGCCAUAUUUACGGGCUGUCAUCAAGGAAACUCUCAGGAUGUAUCCAGUGGUUUCUUUCAAUGCAAGAAUCAUGAUGGAAAAACCAACAACAGUUGGUGGAUAUCAGUUUCCAAAGAAUACUACUUUCACCUUCUGUCACUAUGCCAUCAGUCACAACGAGAACACCUUCCCUCAGUCGUUCACCUUUAAACCGGAGCGGUGGCUCCGUGACGGCCGCCAGAAGCCGAACCCAUUCGGCUCCAUUCCAUUCGGCUUCGGCGUGAGAGCCUGCGUUGGGCGCAGGGUUGCUGAGCUUGAGAUGUAUUUGCUUCUCUUUCAGCUUAUUCGUCAGUUUGAAUUGAAACCAGGCCCCAGGACAGGAGAGAUUAAAAGCAUCAACCGGACGGUUCUGGUUCCAGACCAACAAGUGGACCUGCACUUUGUGGACAGAAGAUGAAGAAAUUCAAAUUCACUCACUUUUACACAUUAGACUGAGCUUGGUAUUGGUUUUGCCUGCUGCUGGGCAAUAAUGUUUUGGCUAAUGCCUGUGUAUUAUUGUCUGUACCGUUAGCAAAAUAUCUCAUGAAUCACUGGGCAGAGUUAAAUGAAACUUUCAUA